CCAGCCGCCGGCACGGCCCCGCCUCCGCUGCCCCGGUGGUGGCCCACGGCCCCCCGGUUGCCCGUGGUCAAACUGGAGUCACUGAAACGAUGGAAUGAAGAAAAGGGUUUGUGGUGUGAAAAGGGCGUUCAGGUACUGCUGACCACCGUGGGAGCCUUCGCCGCCUUUGGCCUCAUGACCAUUGCCAUCAGCACUGACUACUGGCUCUACACACGAGCUCUCAUCUGCAACACCACCAACCUCACGGCAGGGGACGAUGGACCGCCCCAUCGCGGGGGCAGUGGCUCCUCAGAGAAGAAGGACCCUGGGGGCCUCACACACUCAGGCCUCUGGCGGAUAUGCUGCCUGGAAGGGUUGAAAAGAGGUGUCUGCGUGAAGAUCAACCACUUCCCGGAAGACACGGACUACGACCACGACAGCGCAGAGUACCUGCUCCGAGUGGUCCGAGCCUCCAGCAUCUUCCCUAUCCUGAGCGCCAUCCUGCUGCUGCUCGGGGGCGUGUGCGUGGCUGCCUCCCGCGUCUACAAGUCCAAAAGAAACAUCAUCCUGGGCGCAGGGAUCCUGUUCGUGGCAGCAGGCCUGAGCAACAUCAUCGGGGUGAUCGUGUACAUAUCGGCCAACGCGGGCGAGCCGGGCCCCAAGAGGGACGAGGAGAAGAAAAACCACUACUCCUACGGCUGGUCCUUCUACUUUGGCGGGCUGUCCUUUAUCCUGGCCGAGGUGAUCGGCGUGCUGGCCGUCAACAUCUACAUCGAGCGCAGCCGCGAGGCGCACUGCCAAUCUCGCUCGGACCUGCUCAAGGCCGGCGGCGGCGCGGGCGGCAGUGGCGGGAGCGGCCCCUCGGCCAUCCUCCGUCUGCCCAGUUACCGCUUCCGCUACCGCCGCCGCUCCCGCUCCAGCUCCCGAGGCUCCAGCGAGGCGUCGCCGUCGCGGGAUGCGUCUCCCGGCGGCCCCGGGGGCCCGGGCUUCGCCUCCACGGACAUCUCCAUGUACACGCUCAGCCGCGACCCGUCCAAGGGCAGCAUGGCUGCCGGGCUGGCUGGGGCCGGGGCCGGCGGCGGCGGUGGCGGCGGCGGCGUGGGCGCCUAUGGCGGGGCGGCCGGGGCCGCGGGGGCCGGCGGGGCGGGCUCCGAGCGGGACCGCGGGAGCGCAGCGGGCUUCCUCACGCUGCACAACGCCUUCCCCAAGGAGGCGGCGUCCGGCGUCACGGUCACGGUUACCGGGCCGCCCGCUGCGCCCGCACCCGCGCCGCCCGCUCCUGCAGCGCCCGCUCCGGGGACCCUGUCCAAAGAGGCCGCGGCGUCCAACACCAACACUCUCAACAGGAAAACCACGCCCGUGUAGGGGGCACGGGCCCUCGCGAGGAGCUGGGGG